CCCAUCAAACUCCGUCUUGGUGUUGGGAGCUCCGGCUAUUCUGGUUUGUGGAAAGGCCUCGCAGAAGAUCUCGUCCGUUCGACAGCAAGUGAUCGCAAGCUGGGACGUUUCGCCGUAGGUUGGUACGAAGUGGACGCGCGACCAUUCAACCUCCUGGCCGAAAAUGUCAUUGAUAUAUCGGUAACUUGUCACCUCUUAUCUCAGAAGACCGCUCUCGCACAAGGGGUAGCAAGCCGACGCGAGUGUUGCUUCCGCGAUCAUUGGGUCUUGGGCGGUCCGAAAAGGAAUCCCGCGGGCCUGGUUACAGAUGGCAGCCAAUCGAUAUUCGAACUGCUGAGCACGCUCUUCAUUGCGGGGAUUUGCACGUCAGGAGCGUCGCCUUCGAUUCAUUUCUUGACUAAAUUUGACGCAUCGGCCGCCAAUGUGAAAGAGUCGAAUCUGUGGUCCACGAUUGGCCAGGCUCCGUGGUCAGACAUACAUUCGUCCUGGUAUCACAGAUAUGUCAACACGUCGCCCAAAGCAUUGGAAGUGGCUGCGCAAAUGCAAGAAUAUACACUCAUUGAAGGAGGCACUUGGCUCGCUGCAGAUGCAGAGACCAGGGAGAACAUGAUGGUCUUCAAACGAGGCGGAGAUGAUGAGAAAGAUCCCCUGUUAUGUCCGGUUCAUGCUCUGGUAGGCACUAACGCUACGAACAAGGAGCUAGCAGAGGAGUUCUUAGAAUGGGUAAUUGAAGCGGAGGGUCAGAAGCUCAUCCAGGCUUUUGCGAUCAAUGGUAUACCUCUGUAUACGGAGGCUCCCGUGAGCUUGAGAAGGUUAAGUUGGUUCUAUCAUCACUCGGACAUGGAUCUUGUUUGA